GUAUCCAAGAUGGCGGCGCCCAUGUUCAGGGUUUGGGAUGCAAAAGGAACCGGGAAAGCGGCUCUUGGAACGAACGUGGUUCUGUUGCCUGCCGUGGGCCGGGGAAACCAACGUGAGGUCCUCUACGGAUCAGAAAUCCCGCGAGUCCGACCUAUAGACCGUUCUCAGGCCGGUGCGGGACGUCUGGAGCCAUGAAGACCGACGCCGCAAUCUCCGCGGGCCCGCUGAAGGGGCUCGCGGGGCCCCUGCGCAGCAGCGAGCCGGCGCGCACGGCCCCGGCGGCGCCCCCGGCGCUGCACCUGCUGGAGGAGGCGGCCGACCUGCUGGUGGUGCACCGCGACUUCCCCGGCGCGCUGGAGACCUGCGAGCGCGCCUGCCGGAGCCUGGCCCGCGACGCCCUGGCCGGGGAGCCCGCCGCCACCUCCUUGGAGGCGAAGUGUUCCUUGUGUGUUGUGGGGAUCCAGGCCCUCGCAGAAAUGGAUCGGUGGCAAGAAGUCCUCUCCUGGGUGCUUCAGUAUUACCAAGUCCCUGAAAAGCUGCCCCCUAAAGUCCUGGAGCUGUGCAUUCUUUUGUACAGCAAGAUGCAAGAGCCUGGAGCCAUGCUGGAGGUGGCCAGUGCCUGGCUCCAAAACCCAGGCAACCAAGGCCUUCCCGAAUAUGGAGUGUUGGCUGAGCUCCACCUGCAGCGCGUCCUGCUACCUCUGGGCCACUUGUCAGAGGCAGAGGAGCUGGUGGUGAACUCCACAGCCUUUGGUGUGGAGCGACGGCUGGAAGUGCUCCAGGCCGUUCAUACAGCAAGGCAACAGCAGAACAGCACGGAACAGAAACAGGACCUCUCGGGCUGCCAGGAGGUGCCGAAGGUGAACCAAGGAGGCUCCUUCUCUCACAAGUUCCUGGCCCUGCUGAGGUUGCUUUGCCGGCUUUGGAACUCUGCAGUGAGCCACUUCCUUUCUCUGCCCUUCAAAAGGAGCCUUCUCGCUGCCUUGGUCCUCUGUGUCCUGGUGCUGAGGUUUGACCCAGCGUCUCCUCCUUCCCUGCCCUUCCUCUACCAGCUGGCUCAGCUCUUGCACCGGAUCCAAAAGGCUGUGUGUGCCCAGCUCCGCUGGUUCCCACUCCGCGACUGAGUGGCUCCUCGCGGGCCUUGGCCUUGCCUUGCACGUCCGCACCGAGGAGCAGAUUGCAGGCCUGCCCCUGGUAUACACUGGCAGUGGUGGGGCCAGCCGUGUCCCUAGAGGAGCCAACCAGGGCAACUGAAGUGCAGCUCACCACUAUGGCCGGCUCAGGGGAGACUGCAGAGUCGGGCAGCACCUCCUGCACCCAGAGGCCCUGUGAUCUGGGGAUAUGUCCCUGACACAUUCCAUGCUCUUGACAAAGCAGCAGAUGACUUUCCAGGCUAAGAUGUCAGUAGAGCCAGAAGUCCAGACAAAUCCUGGUGGAGUCUCCUUGACUUUUCACCUCCCUGAAAGGCAUAUUUCUGGCCAUUGUUCCACAAGACAGUCCCUCAGAGUGAGAGUGCGGAGAGCGGCUCUCUGCUGCGCUCCUCUCAGAUGCCCAGGGCAGUUACUGUGUCCACCCAGUGUCCCUGUGGUCUUGCCAGAGAUGUGCGCCUUCAUGUCUGAGCCACUCAGGUGACCACCGUAAGCCGAGUGGCCUGCUGAGCCCUUAUCGGAGGUAAAGCGAGCUUGGGUGGUGCCACGUGGUCUCCAGCUCAGUUUUCCAGCGUGCCAGUGGCCAGAGCCUGCUCUGUCAUGCAGUGCCUGCCCACUCCCUCCCCUUGGCUGUUUCUCCAGGUGGCCUGCUUCCUCCCAGCCUCGGUGCACAGCAGGGCUGCCCCUCCCCCCACAUCCCAUGUCCCAGAUAUGUCCCGUUGUCUGUAGGAUGCCUGAGUUUUUCUGCUCCCAAGGCUUUGAAAAGUAGGCCAGCUUCAGAGGCCGAGGAGCUGAAAAUGGAACUGGAUAAUGAGGGGAGCCUGGGGGCCCAGGCUAGUCAGAGCGAGAUGGUGAAUGACGAAGCCGUGCGGAAGGGGCCCCGGAGUCCUGCUCCUGAGGAGUGCGGAAACUCGGUGUUCCUUCUCCCCAGCUGGGCGAUGCUUCCAUGUUCUGUGUCGGUAAAAGGGAAGUACCGCUGUGCUGUGGGGACCUUGAAAGCUCCCCUCCAGGCCCACCUCUGCUCUGCCACAGGCAGCGCGACCCAGUCAGUGCUGCAGGCAGGCCCACGAGAGGUACUCAGAGGCGCUCACCAGCUGUGUGCGAUCACCGAAGGACCUGGGCGUAAAAAGAAAACCUCAGGGGCCUUUGAAGUGAAAUCUACAUUCCUGAGACAUGGUGCAGCUCUGCAGGCCCCAAAUCUGGGCUUCUUUAGAUAGAACUCGGGUCUCUGGGGAGAGAAAGUCAGUCGGUGGAUUUACGCAACCAAUCCUCGAAGGCCGUGUGCUGUUGGUGAGUUUGCGUUAUUUGGUGGUAUGAAAGCCCCGCUCAUUCUUCUGCCCUUGUGUUAGGGUCUGUCUGUCCCAGCCCUGCAGGGCUGCCCAGUCAGGUGGAUGAGGAGUUCUGAACUCUGCUGGUGUGACCGCGAGCUUUUCCACAGACGCAGCCUCGUGUUUAUUUUGGUUAGCUCUGGGCUUAACGCAGCCGCAGUGAAGGUAGACUGGAAGCUCACUUUCCCGUUAGACUUACACCUGCCCUGUCCAAGGGGCCAAGUGUGACUCUGGAGCAGUCCGAGUUGAGGCAUUUUGUCAUUGUACAGCACACACUGGAUCUCAGAGGCCGAGUACUAAGAGGAGUGGGAGCCGGCGCAUUGGUGCACAGAGGCUGAGGCAGGAGCUCCAGUGCAGUC